AGAAGUCACAGGCUACAGCCGACAACUGGAUCUCUGAGCCCAGUCUGCGUGCAGUGCUGGGCGUGCGUGGACCCGUGUUGGGCGACGUGGCGCAUGUACUGCUGGAUCACGGACAACAGGUCUUUGGCAUCUCCUUCACGUCCCUCUUCCAGUUGGCCCAACACCUGGUGGUGAACCGUUACGUGAACUCGCGGUCGCGUCAUGCUCUCGCUCUGAUAGCACACUUUGCCACCUCACCCUCUAUUGGUUCUGCGGGCGAUGGUCCUGGCGGCGGUGGUCUUUCACCGCAGUCUGCCAUGUUUAUCGCCUCUUCCUUCUCCGACGCUCUACAGAAAGGCUUUCUCGCCUCAAACUCCAAGUUCCUCGCUGAUCGGCAGCGCGUUGAAAAGACCAAAGGUGCUGGUCUCUCGUCUCCUCAGGCUCGACAUACCAAGAAAGAGAACUCACAAUCCCUGAAACCCGAAGGUAAAUUUUUGGUAUGCAAUUUUAUUUUCGAAGUGUAUCCACUGUCUGUCGAAGUGUGUGUGUUCGACCAUCGAUUUCGAUGA